UGUGACAACAUGAUAGGUACAGCACAGGAACUGUAAAAAAUCCCCAAAUUUCCCUACCACUCAUCACUCCACGUUCAAGUUUGAAUUUCACCAAAACUCAAGCUGGACUGGGCCCUUCCCACACAGCCUGCACACAGACGGAGGUAACUGCCUGCUUAAAGCUGCAGCCACUCCUCGUUUGCCCUCUGCCUCUUUCAGAUGCAUUUGUUCUCAUCUGCAUUAAAAAGUGUGAAUUACUGUAGAAAAAACAAUUGCUUGUAACAAGGUGAAUCAUGCGGAUGUACUUUCAGCUCACUGAUUUAAGCUAACACACCUUCAUUUUUGUUUUAGUUGUCUAGGAUUCAACAAAGGAUCAGUUGCACAGCUAUGCACCAGUGAUUAAAUAGUAGUAACUCUCACUUCUGUCUGCCCACAACAUGUUUGAAUUAUUCUUCACCUAACUAGAUUAAGCUGAUGUGAAAAACAACUGUCUUCCAAAAUAAGACUCCAUGCAAACAACUUUUCUGAAAUAUGUCCAAAAUAGAUCUUUUGAUUGAUUGGGGUUUUUUGGUAUUGUUUUGUGGGUUUUUUUGGUGUUGGUUGGGUAUUUUUGUCCUUUUUUUUUUUUUUCCCAGAAAUAAACCCAUACCACACAUUCAACACUUUGUAAUGCCAAAUUCCUAACCCGUUACAGCUACAUUCAGAAAGCAGAGAUACCCUGUCCUGGCACUUUCUUUUCUCAGACUCAGCCAACAACUAUGCUGCAAAGACCGUGCUGUAGAGGGAACACUAGUGGCAGGUUUCAAAAGUGCUCUGACGGCACACUGGAUAUGUGCUGUGUGGUAGAUUAGGUAGAACUUGGGAAGUGUUUCAAUGCAGUCUUUGUACAAGCAAAAGGUUGAACCACAUCUGCAUUGAAAACUGCAUGAAGAUAUCUGCCACCUGUCUUUAUUGGCUGUCGUGUUGAGUAAGAUGUCUCCAGAGCCCACAGAAAUAUUCAGUACUUGCUAGCCUCCCUGUAUAACAGCAGCACACUACAGAUCAGAAGUUUUAUGGUCUCCAUUGUAAGUCACCAGGAUGACCGCAUACCUACUGAAGGUGAUACUGAAAAUGACUCGGAAGCUGGAUCAGGAGCCACCAACCAUACUAGAUCAUUCAUACAUGACCAGCGAAUAGUGUCAGUGCAAACAGCAAGAUACCUCACUAGUCCAUGGCUGACGCGUUUUGUUCCUUCAGUUUACACCAUAGUGCUUGUGCUGAGUCUCCCCCUGAACAUUACAGCAAUACUCGUGUUUCUGAAAAAAAUGAAAAUUGAAAAGCCAGCUGUGAUAUACAUGCUGAAUUUGGCACUUGCAGAUGUCCUGUUUGUAAGCGUGCUUCCUUUUAAGAUUGCUUAUCACUUUUCUGGAAAUGACUGGGCUUUUGGACCCAAAAUGUGCCGUUUCAUCACUGCUGCCUUUUACUGUAAUAUGUACUGUUCAAUAAUGCUUAUGACAAGCAUAAGCUUCGAUCGCUUCUUAGCAGUGGUGUAUCCCAUGCAGUCUCUUGGGUGGCGUACAUUAACACGUGCCUCACUGAUUUGUCUCAUCAUAUGGCUUGUAGCAAUAAGUGGGGUUAUACCUUUUCUCAUUAGAGAGCAAACAAUGGAAAUACCGAAGUUAAAUAUAACUACUUGCCACGAUGUGCUAAGAGAAUCUGAACUUCAUGGCUAUUACCUCCACUUCUUCUCCAUCUUCUCUUCUGUGUUUUUCGUAGUGCCAUUUAUAAUCUCUACUGUCUGUUAUGUGUGUAUCAUUCGAUGUCUUAGUUCCUCUACUCUUGUUACAAAACAAAACAAGAAGACACGUGCCUUGCUCUUGUGUGUGGCUGUUUUUUCUGUUUUUGUUAUUUGCUUUGGACCAACAAAUAUUCUCCUAUUAAUUCAUUAUGUCCAUUUCUCUUAUGACAACAGCUUAGAAUAUCUCUACUUUGCCUAUCUACUCUGUGUUUGUAUCAGCAGCAUUAGCUGUUGCAUUGACCCCUUCAUUUACUACUAUGCUUCUUCUCAGUAUCAGAGACAACUUUUCAGUCUCUUCAAUUGUAAAGAGACACUUGAUCCUAACAGUUGUAACAGCAGUGGCCAGUCAAUGUCUACCACUAGUAGAAGGGGUACGUGCUCUACUAAUGUGAACAACAGUGCCUACAAGAAAUUACUAGCAAUUCAUUGAGAAAACAUGUCUUACACAUGCUUAAUUUUUAGGCAAUUUCAGA